GGAUGUUUAGUUAGGAAUUUGAAAAAUUAAGGGAUGAAUUUUGCAAAUUCUGACAAUUUAGUCAAAUGCACAACUACCCUCAAACCUCAACAACCCUUGAUGGCUUUUGAAGAAAAGAAUUCAGAGACAAAAGGUGGUUGGUGAAGCUGACAUUGGACUCUUUAUGUGCUUAAUUGCCUAACCCCAUCUCCCUUCAAUCUACCUACCAUAACUAUUUUCUUAUUGCACUUUCAAAUUUCUCAAAAAACAAGCCAAAAUUUGGUCUUCAAACAACUCCAAUAACACCGAGGGAGUGGAAAAGCUGAAGUUUUUCAGAAGAAAUGGCACAGAUUAGUAGCAUGGCACAAGGGAUACAGACCCUUAAUCUGAAUUUUAAUCUUUCGAAAACCCAAAAGGGUCCUCUUGUUUCAAAUUCUCUCUUCUUUGGAUCAAAGAAAGUAACCCAAAUUUCAGCAAAAUCUUUAGGGGUGUUUAAGAAAGAUUCAGUUUUGAGGGUGGUGAAGAAGUCACCUUUUAGGAUUUCUGCAUCAGUGGCUACUGCAGAGAAACCCCAUGAGAUUGUGCUGGAACCCAUCAAAGACAUAUCUGGUACUGUUAAAUUGCCCGGUUCUAAAUCCCUUUCCAAUCGUAUUCUCCUUCUUGCUGCCCUUUCUGAGGGAAGGACUGUUGUUGACAAUUUACUGAGUAGUGAUGACAUUCAUUACAUGCUUGGUGCGUUGAAAACACUUGGACUUCAUGUUGAAGAUGACAAUGAAAACCAACGAGCAAUUGUGGAAGGUUGUGGUGGGCAGUUUCCGGUCGGUAAAAAGUCUGAGGAAGAAAUCCAACUAUUCCUUGGAAAUGCAGGAACAGCAAUGCGUCCGUUGACAGCAGCAGUUACUGUAGCUGGAGGACAUUCAAGAUAUGUUCUUGAUGGAGUUCCUAGGAUGAGAGAGAGACCAAUUGGUGAUUUGGUUGAUGGUCUUAAGCAGCUUGGCGCAGAGGUAGAUUGUUCCCUUGGUACGAAUUGUCCCCCAGUUCGAAUUGUCAGCAAGGGAGGUCUGCCAGGAGGGAAGGUAAAGCUCUCUGGAUCCAUCAGCAGCCAAUACCUGACUGCUCUGCUUAUGGCUGCUCCCCUGGCUCUAGGAGAUGUGGAGAUUGAAAUAAUUGACAAACUGAUAUCUGUGCCUUAUGUUGAAAUGACACUGAAGUUGAUGGAGCGAUUUGGUGUCUUUGUGGAGCACAGUAGUAGCUGGGACAGAUUCUUGGUAAAAGGAGGUCAGAAGUACAAGUCUCCUGGGAAAGCAUUCGUGGAAGGAGAUGCCUCAAGUGCUAGCUAUUUUUUGGCGGGGGCAGCAGUCACAGGUGGAACUGUCACUGUUGAAGGUUGUGGAACAAGCAGUUUACAGGGGGAUGUUAAGUUCGCUGAGGUCCUCGAGAAGAUGGGGGCAGAAGUUACAUGGACAGAAAACAGUGUCACGGUUAAAGGACCUCCAAGGAACUCUUCUGGAAUGAAACAUUUGCGUGCCGUUGACGUGAACAUGAACAAAAUGCCAGAUGUGGCCAUGACUCUUGCUGUAGUUGCACUUUUUGCUGAUGGCCCUACUACCAUAAGAGACGUUGCUAGCUGGAGAGUUAAGGAAACUGAGCGGAUGAUUGCCAUAUGCACCGAACUUAGGAAGUUGGGUGCAACAGUUGUUGAAGGGUCAGACUACUGCAUAAUCACCCCACCAGAAAAGUUAAACGUAACGGAGAUUGAUACAUAUGAUGAUCACAGAAUGGCCAUGGCUUUCUCUCUUGCUGCUUGUGCUGAUGUCCCAGUCACCAUUAAGGACCCCGGUUGUACUCGCAAAACCUUCCCCGACUACUUUGAGGUUCUCCAGAAGUACUCCAAGCACUAAUCCACUUCACAUAUAGAAGAAAUUAUUUUGUACUACAAGAGAGAUUAUGCACCAGUUUGCCAACCAAAAUGGUGCCUAUACCGGAAGAGAAAAAAGCUUUCCAACUCCUUUUUAUUUGUCUAUGUGAGAUGAUGUUCAUUGUAUUUGUUGAAGUUGAGCUUCUUUUUUUUCUUUUGUGUAGAAGACAUGUAUACUAUAUAGUUAAGUACACUUCCUUUAAGAAUAUAUUUAACAUUGAGUAUCACCGUUUUAGAUAUUGUAUUUGGUAUUCAUAAUAAAUUUGUUUCGAGCUAUAAUUGUGAUUUACGGAGUGUUAUGAUAGCCCAUUGGUCCAUA